CUUCCAACUAAGUAGCCUCGUCACGUUUGACGAAAACCGCAACCGUAUAUCUAAUUGGCGGGGGUACUCUUUACCCAAUUUGCAGUUACUUAACUAUACUUGUUCUAAUAUCCUGUCUCCCGAGCGAAUUGACGUUAGACGGCUUGUCAUCCGAAUAAAGCGAGUAUGCGCGUCGCUAUAAUUGGGGCUGGUCCUGGGGGCCUGGCUGCUGCCAGAUAUCUUUAUGCUGAGAAGGCCUUCUCUGCAAUUACGAUCUUUGAACAGCGCGAUGAAGUCGGCGGGGUCUGGUGUCAUACCUCGGAAGAUACAAUAGACGAGGAUUUCGCCAUUCCUCAUACAAAACCAACAACAGAGGCAGAAAAGCCCAUUGUAACCAAUCAGGCAAAUAAUCAUGUCAUUUUUCAGUCGCCGGUGUACGAUCUUCUGGAGACGAAUAUCCCACAUACUUUGAUGGGGUAUUCCGAUAAGAAAUUUCCGAAAGGAACGCCCCUGUUCCCUUCACAUCGAGACGUCAAACAGUACCUGCAAGGUUAUGCGAAGGACUUAUCGUCUAUUAUGUUUCAUACACAAGUUGUCGAUGUAUGUCUUCGAGACGAAAAUGCAGCCAAUGCCACGUGGCUGGUUUCUGUACAGGAUCUUCGAACACAUUAUCUAUCCACUCAUGAAUUUGAUGCUGUUGUUGUCGCUAGUGGUCAUUACAGUGAUCAUUAUAUUCCGGAUAUCGUAGGUAUGCGGGAGUGGAAUACUGCUUACCCGCACUCUAUAUCUCAUUCGAAACAUUAUAAACGACCGGAACAUUUUACGAAUCAGAAGGUAGUCGUCGUAGGGAAUUCGGCAUCGGGAGUCGACGUGAGUGUGCAAAUUGCGACCGUGUCGAAAAAGCCACUUCUCCUUUCAGAGAGGAGCGAUUCCCCAGUCUAUCUGAGAGAUAACCAUCGAAUCAGGACUGUGCCCGAAAUUAUUGAAUUUAUCACCCGUGACCGCGCACUCCGUUUUGCAGAUGGUCACAUUGAGAAAGACAUUGAUCAUGUCCUAUUCUGCACGGGAUAUCUUUAUUCAUUUCCAUUUUUAUCAUCUUUGAGUCCUCCUGUAGAGGUCCCGAACGGAAGUCGUCCUGAUCACUUAUUUCAACAUAUAUUCUAUUACCCUCAGCCAACACUGACAUUUAUCGGGCUUCCACUUAAGAUUAUACCCUUCCCGCUUUCCGAAGGCCAGGCUGCGGUCAUAGCACGGGCAUACUCUGGCCGCUUGUCCCUGCCACCCUUGGAAGAAAUGAAGGCAUGGGAAGCUGAUUGGAUUGCUAGACAUGGAUCGGAUAAGAGUUUCAGUGUUCUCGGUUUUCCUGCGGAUGCCGAAUAUCUCAAUCAUCUCCAUCAUUGGAGUCUACAGGCUAGAAGAAAAGAUGGAUUGGAAAAUGACGGUCAGGGGAAGAUUCCUCCAGUAUGGGGAGAUGAGGAACAGUGGUUGCGGGAAUUGACACCGACGAUUAAAGCUGCUUCGCAAGCUUUGGGAAAUAAACGAAAGGAAAUACGAACGCUGGAAGAGCUCGGCUUUUCUUAUGCUAAAGAUGGAAAAUCAAAGCUAUAA